AUGCCGGUGAGACGGACGAGAAACGCAGGAGAUGCCCAGAGCAAAGAGCAGCUGAACCGGGAGAUGCGACUGAGCAGACUGGCUCUAUUCAUUCAGCAGUUUGAGAAAGAAGCGCAGGAACGCAUGAACGAGCUGGCAGCUAAAAUGGAGAACAUGAUGGCCACAGUUGACAAAAUCUUUAAAGUGGAAAUGAUGAAGAUGCCUCCUUCUCUUCAAAACACGCUCAUAGGAGAUUUAAUAAGCGAGGAGGAAAUCUCAGCAAGUGAAGUGUCAAUUGCCAUGAAGAAUGAGUCCCUCGAAAUGCACCAGCCCCUCAAAAGGGUACCCAGUAAAAGAGGUGAACCACUUUUAAAAUCUACACCAGUUCAAUCUACCCCAGUCCAGAGGUCCUCAUCCAAGACCUCUAAGGUAGGAAACGGGACAAAAAGGACCAGAACAUUAGCUGGUAGUAACAGCACUGGAAAUCUCAGGGGCUCCACAGUCACUGCCAAAAGAACCCAAAGCCGCUUGACCAAGACCAAUGACCAGACCGUACCGACCAAACCUAAACUCAGGUCUGUCGUCUCUGCUGGUGAUCUACACUGUUCAGUGGCAGGCUCUGCUGCACACAUCACUGUGACCACGGCACAGGGGCAGACUGUCAGCUUCUCUGAAGAGACCAAGGAUGAAAUUAACCUGGACUUGCUGGAUGACGUGGCGUGGUGUCAGAUUCAGAGGCUGACGAAUUUGAUGGAGUAUCUGUCCAGGCGAGGUCCCUGCCAGCGAUGAGUAAAGGUGUCUGAACAUCACUCUGACUGGGAUUUUUCUCCACUUACAUUUAAAACUUUUUAAUAUUAUGGUAUUCAUUUAAAGAAGUUUGGUUUAAUACUUAACCAGAUACUAUAAUAAGCAAUAGUUAUGCUUUGGUUGUGUUAAGUAUUUUAAAAAAUAUAUAAUAAAGCUUAUUUGUUAUCCUUCAUGACUGACUACAAAAUGUUUGUCUGUAAAAUGUGAAAUCACAAAAAGGCCUACAAUUAAAUUGGCGUAGGUUGACCAACGGUUCCAAUAUCAUUAAUGUAUUCCAAGGUUACUUUUCGAAAUGACAGUAAAAGCAACUAGAGAGGGCUUUUACCUAAAUUUGAGCCCAUUUUUUGUUUAAAAACAAUCUAACUUAAGGGAAUAUUGAUCAU